AUGUUAAGAAGGGAGCCAACCACCAUUCAGCUCACAUCCGAUGAUCUUGCAGAGCUCCAGGACAAUCUCGAAGAGUUCAAGCUGCUGCAGCAGAUCAAGUCGCAACAUAUGGACCUGGUGCGGUCUUCGACACGAGUAGGCCCGCCGCCCGCAGCAGCGGCGGCGGAUGAGCCUCGGCCGCUGUCGUGCUCGUUCCAGAUAUCUCCACUCAAUAAGCAGAUGCAGCAGCAGCAGCAGCACCGGCGAGCGGCAGGCGCCGGCGGACUCGGUGAGCAGCUCGCGACACAGGGCAUUGUCACGAACACGCCUGUGUUAGACGAACGGGAUACGUCGAAUCCGUUCAUCCAGCGGGGCUAG